UACCGGCAUCAGCUGCGGCAGAGAUCGAGAUGGAGGAGGAGGCCACAGAGAGGGCGGCGGUGACGGAGGAGAUGGAGACAGUUGCCAGGCACAAAAGGUUGGCUUGUGUGCAGGAGACGGUGAACGAGGAACCACAGAGGCCGCGCGACGGCGACGAGGAAGAGCUGGAGAUGGUCGCUGAUCUUGCCGAGUGGCGAAUCAAUUGGGUGGCAUGGUCGUCCGACUGCAGAAGCAUCGACGAAAGGACUGAGGUGUUGUCUGAGCCGUUUUCCAUGGAUAUGGGGACAGCGAGUGCGCUACAAAUAUUUUCCGUCAAGGUCAUCGAGCUGAACAUGAGUCGCUGGCCGAUAGAUGUGUUUGGCUUCAUCGCUGUGCGUGAUUCAGUGGAUGGCUACCGCAACUAUAUAUUUGAGCGUACCCGGGACAACUGUCAGACGCUCACUGCACAGGACUCGUCUCUUGUCCUCACUGGUCCAAUCCGUGCAGUCCAAUUGUAUGACCCCAUUACUUUUGAGAUUGAACUACGAGUUAAAGGAACAAGGCCCUCUGAAGAUAAGCCGUUAAGCGCUCAAGUCUUCGAGUAUAACUGCAUCGCUCAGUCCUACAGAGCUGGCUCUCUUCUGAACUACCUGGUGUCAGCUCCACGCAGCACGCUGGAGUUCAAGUAUGCACAUCUCUGUUCGGCAUUGGAGGCCAGAGUUGAAAUCUGGUUUUCAGAAGGGUCAACCAAUUUCAGCGUGAAGUUUUUCGCCCGUACUGCUAGCAUUGAUCAUCAGGACGUCACGUUGAUGGACUCUAAAGGUGCCAGGGUGGCUCUCCAAAAUGAUGGGUUUAUUGAUCUCUCACGCAAUAUUGUUGUCGUUGAAGGACAUAACGGAGAACUGAUCAUUGGUGCUCACUUAAGGCAAGUUGGUGGUGAAGAGGCGGCCAAGAUCUACAGAGAGAUCAGCUUUACCCCGGCAAUAAAUUCUGGUGAAAGUCAUGGUACUAUUGACGUUGGGUUUUGCAAGAUGAAUGUUGUUGUUGCUUGGUCACCGCUUUAGAAGGUGCUAUGCGUUUGCAUUCCUUGGUGACAGCUGUUGUUCUGCAGUAUGACAAUGAUCUAAUGAU